AGCAGCAGCAGCGCAUGGAGCACGAGAACGCGAUGCGCGAGCGCGAGCGCGAGGCACUCCACAUGGACGAAAUGCGACGACGUGAGGCGUACUACUCGAGAGGUCCACCGAUGCAGACUCCACAGCCAAUGCAGGCAUAUGGCGGCACUCCGUUCGGAAGCGGUCGCCAGCCCAUGGGUAGCAUGAAUCUCCGAGACAUUUCACGGAAUGAAACAGAAGCCGCUAUGCAAGAACAGCGUCAUCGGGAACAGAUGGAGCAUGAGCGCAGACAUUUUGGGGAGCAGCAACCUCCCUUUCCCAGGGAGCGAGAUGCUCCUAUGCUGGAUCGUUAUGGGCAAAGGGCACCACCAGACGAUCGACAAACGCCUCUGCUUAGGAGGCCGACGCCGCAAAGUGGGGGAUUUCCCGGCGGCGGGUUCCCACCUCCGUCGGGCAGACGAUAAGGAAAUUAAAUAAACAUCCACCAUGUUCUUUUGUAUCAGUAUAAAGUCCUUUUUUGAAUACCCCCUCUUUUUGUUCGCGAUGGGCCAAAAUAGUGUGUAUAGAAAGUUGGGUACCUUAGGUACGAAGGAUAGGAAAGGCACAUAUUGAAUGAGUGAGAC